CGCCCCUCCCGCGGUCCUAGAGAACGCCAUCUUGCAGGCCUUUGUCCAGCGUCUGGCCCUCGGUCCAUUCAUUUGUUCAUUUUCUCAUUCUUCGUUUAUUCCUUCGUGCCACGUUCUCCGAGCCCACGUUUAACCAGGGCUCGUUCCAAGACGUGUCUACCCAGCGCCCUGCCCUGUGGGGCUGUUUGUCUGGCGCCGGCGCCGACACAAAGGUUGCAGGGAGCGAGCAGCGCAGGGUUUCCGCAGCCCUCGGCCAUUCCUCAAUGCGUCCCUUAGGCCCUAAAGCCCUUCAAACUCCCACAUGACUCAAAACGUUCCAUUUUACUGAUGAAGAAACCGAGGCACGAGCACCGCGGCGCCCUACCCCUAACGCCUUUUCAGUAUUCCUGAGGGCACCGAGGAAGCGGAGUAUUUAAAGGAUACAAGAAUUUCCCCCUAGGAGAAGGCAAGAGGGAGCUGCAUGUGAUGUCUUUAGAGAAGUCCCGCCCAUCGAGGCUAUGGAGGUGGAGUCUAUGGAGGCCCGAACCCCAGCCCCGGGCUACAAGCGCUCGGGCAGGCGCUACAAGUGCCUGUCCUGUACCAAGACGUUCCCAAAUGCGCCCAGGGCCGCACGUCAUGCUGCCACACACGGGUCUGUAGAGUGUGCAGAGCAGGCGGCCGAGGUGAAGCUGAAGCCAGAAACAGAACCCAAAGUGGAAGAUGCCAGUGGGGACAAGGUGUCAGGCGCAGCAGCUAAGCCUCGGCCCUACGCUUGCCCUCUGUGUCCCAAAGCCUACAAAACAGCACCCGAGCUGCGCAGCCAUGGGCGCAGCCACACGGGUGAGAAGCCCUUCCCAUGCCCCGAGUGCGGCCGCCGCUUCAUGCAGCCCGUGUGCCUGCGCGUGCACUUGGCCUCCCACGCAGGCGAGCUGCCCUUCCGCUGCACACACUGCCCCAAGGCCUACGGCGCGCUUUCCAAGCUCAAGAUCCACCAGCGCGGCCACACGGGCGAGCGGCCCUAUACCUGUGCGGACUGUGGCAAGAGCUUCGCCGACCCUUCGGUGUUUCGCAAGCACCGGCGCACACACGCUGGCCUGCGGCCCUACGGCUGUGAGCGCUGCGGCAAGGCCUACGCAGAGCUGAAGGACCUGCGCAACCACGAGCGGUCCCACACCGGGGAACGCCCCUUCCUCUGCUCAGAGUGCGGCAAGAGCUUCUCCCGCUCGUCCUCACUCACUUGCCACCAGCGCAUCCAUGCCGCGCAGAAGCCCUAUCGCUGUCCCGCCUGUGGCAAGGGCUUCACGCAGCUCAGCUCCUACCAGAGCCACGAGCGGACGCACUCCGGUGAGAAGCCCUUCCUGUGCCCACGCUGCGGCCGCAUGUUCUCCGACCCCUCGAGCUUCCGGCGCCACCAGCGAGCGCACGAGGGCGUGAAGCCUUACCGCUGCGAGAAGUGCGGCAAGGACUUCCGGCAGCCGGCGGAUUUGGCCAUGCACCGGCGGGUGCACACGGGCGACCGGCCAUUCAAGUGCCUGCAGUGUGACAAGACAUUCGUGGCGUCCUGGGACCUCAAGCGGCACGCGCUGGUGCACUCGGGCCAGCGGCCCUUCCGCUGCGAGGAGUGCGGGCGAGCCUUCGCUGAGCGAGCCAGUCUCACAAAGCACAGCCGGGUGCACUCGGGGGAGCGCCCCUUCCACUGCAAUGCCUGUGGAAAAUCCUUUGUGGUGUCAUCAAGCCUGAGGAAGCAUGAGCGGACCCACCGAAGUAGCGAGGCCGCAGGGGCUCCCCCGCAGCAGGAGCUGGUAGUGGGGCUGGCACUGCCGGUCAGCGUGGCAGGUGAGGGCUCUGCGGCCCCCACAACAGGAGCGGGGCUGGGGGACCCCCCAGCAGGGCUGCUAGGGUUGCCCCCUGAAUCAGGUGGUGUGAUGGCCACUCAGUGGCAAGUGGUGGGCAUGACAGUGGAGCAUGUGGAGUGCCAAGACUCUGCGCUUGGGGAGGCUUCUGGUCCUGUAGGGGGUGAGGAGGCCGACGAGAAGCCACCACAGUUUGUGUGCAGGGAGUGCAAGGAGACUUUCUCCACGCCAACAUUGUUGCGACGGCACGAGCGCUCCCACCCCGAGCUACGGCCCUUUCCCUGCACCCAGUGUGGCAAGAGCUUCUCAGACAGGGCUGGGCUGCGUAAGCACAGCCGCACCCACAGCUCUGUGCGCCCUUACACUUGCCCUCAAUGCCCCAAGGCCUUCCUGAGUGCCAGCGACCUGCGCAAGCAUGAACGCACUCACCCCGUGUCUGUCAGCACCCCCACGCCCCUCGAGCCCCUUGUGGCUUUGCUAGGAAUGCCUGAAGAGGGUCCAUCCUGAGGCCCUUGCCCCCACCCCACAUACACUCCCAGGAACUCAGCCCCCACAGGAUGCCUCCUUCACCUCCUUUGCCCCAGCUCACUCUUUAGACCCCGUAUCCUUUGCCCCCCAGGCAGCCUGCUCACCUUGCCCAGCGGAGAGAGUUGGGUGGAGUGGAGGCUGUUGAGAGACAUGGUUCCUCUGAGCAACACUUUAAUUAAAGCAUUUACUUUCACACUGGGUUGUCUUUUUUCUUCUUGUCGGGGUAUGGGAGCUUGAGUUUGGGCAUCGGAUAAGGUUUAAUGGAGGUUCCUGGGCUGAAAAAUCAGAAACGAGAGGGGUCAUUGGUCACCUGGUUUUCCAAAGUAUGUUUCAAGAUGUCUGUGACAAAGGGUUCUGUCAUCAACUAAGAAAUUUCCUGUACCCUUUCCUGUACCCCUUCUAGGGGAGCAAAAGUGUAUGAAAGUCUUUGAUAAGUCCCCAAAUGAAAAAAUCUAGCUUUGUCUAGCCCAUACUUAUUUGACCAUGGAAACCUCUUACUGAGUAGUU